AGGAUCAGGACGUGUCUCAGCGUCACAAGACACCCCUCCGUCCCUCCACGAAGGGAGGAGGAGGAGGUGCACGAUCAUCGGCCACCCUCGCCUUAGAUACCAACUCAUUUUCGGUGUGGUUAGACUGAGUAAACAGCACCGCUCGGUGCUUGUUUGUAUCUACGGCUUGAGCGAUCCAUCGCAGCGCGCCGGGCUCGAUUGACACUGUCUGCUGAUCUGCUGCUGCCCAUCGCUCGCAAUAACAAGGCUUGCUCGCUAAUUCCCGUCCAAACAGCCUCCCGAAAGACCCAACAAGGCGGUCAACAACGGAGUCAACACCUCGCUAUGGCUUCGGGAGACCUUUACGAGGUGGAGCGUAUUGUAGACAAAAGGCGAAACAAGAAGGGUAAGUGGGAGUACCUAAUCAGGUGGAAGGGCUAUGGAAGUAAAGAGGACACCUGGGAGCCGGAGCACCACCUACUGCACUGUGAGGAGUUCAUUGAUCACUUCAACAGCUUGCAAAUACAUCUGCACAAACAGCCCAAAAUUCCCAAAAGUACAGCCAACGGUCAUUCGGCAGCCACAGAAAACUCCAGAGCUCGGGCUGAAGUGCGAAAGAAGAAAAGCGGUAGUGAGCCAGCCGUUGGGGUUCGAGUGGGAACUAUUCUAGGGAUCCCAGGUGGAGGGUCAGCAGCCGUUCACAGGCAGAGGAAGGUUGGUGAAGGGCUUGGUAGGCAUGCUUUGCGGGACAAAAUGAGCAAAGCCAUGACCUUUAAGACUCCUUCACUAGGAGCCCCUCGUUUUGUGGCCCCGAUGAGGGAGCCUUAUAAUGGACUCCAGAAUGGAGAUGUGGAGCCACACAUGUACAGGACAGCAUCAAGGUCACACAGAGCAUCUUCGGACAGGGUGAACGGAGACCAAAAAGAAAUAGAUACUACUGAAUUAGGCUCCCCUUUAGCCGACAGUAAGAUGCAACUGCACAGCUCAGCAAAGCGCAAGAUGGCAGAGGAGAAGUGUUACGUGUUUGACAAGCGGCUCAGGUACAACGUGCGACAGAACGAGAGCAACUGUCGUUUCCGGGACAUCGUAGUCCGAAAGGAGGAUGGUUUUACGCACAUCCUUCUUUCCAGCCAGACGACGGACAGCAACGCUCUGACGCCAGAGAUCAUGAAGGAGGUGUGUCGGGCUCUGGGAAAUGCGGCAUGCGAUGACAGUAAACUGUUAUUGCUCAGCUCUGUGGGGACGGUCUUCUGUAGUGGGCUGGAGCCGUCCUACCUGAUCGGCCGUCUGUCCACCGACCGCAGGAAAGAAAGUAGUCGCAUUGCAGAUGCCGUAAGGGACUUUGUGUUGGCCCUCAUACGCUUCAAAAAGCCCAUAGUAGUGGCCAUCAAUGGGCCAGCCCUAGGCUUGGGGGCAUCUAUCCUGCCUCUAUGCGAUGUGGUCUGGGCCAGUGAGAGAGCCUGGUUCCAAACUCCAUGUGCAGCCCUCCACCUCACCCCUUCUGGCUGCUCCUCUUACACUUUCCCCCAAAUCCUGGGUGUAGCUUUGGCCAAUGAGAUGCUGUUCUGCGGCAGAAAACUCACGGCACAAGAAGCAUGCAGUCGCGGUCUGGUGUCGCAGGUCUUCUGGCCAACCACAUUUAAUCAGGAAGUGAUGCUGCGUGUGAAGGAGAUGGCGUCAUGCAAUGCUGUGGUUCUAGAGGAAUCCAAAUGCCUGGUGAGGAGCAUCCUCCUGCGUGUUUUAGAAGAAGUGAACGAGAAGGAAUGUCAGAUGCUAAAGCAGCUGUGGUGUUCCACCAAAGGACUGGAGGCGCUCUUCAGCUACUUGCACAACAAAGCGUAUGAGAAGUGACCCCAAACUGAAGCAGUCUUUGUUUCCAGCCAUCAGCACGGAGGAAGCCCGAGAUUGAGUGUGCUUUCAUCAAAUUCUUCUUGUUUUUUUCAACUGGACCGUCCAGUUGUUGAUUCUCUUUUCGAGAAGGGGACCAAAUGUGCAUUAGUUCAUAUGAACAUCAAGCAGGGCUCAGGAGGAAGGUACACUGGCUUUGUGUACAUGCCGAAAUGAAUCAGGAUGCAGAAAAUCAAUUGUCUGACAAGCACAUGAC